AAUUUGACAGGUACACACUGCGCGGUCUUGUUGUGCGUAUGCGGAACCUUUGACUGGGGAAGACUUUAACCUGGGGACACUCGUGUAACGAUGGCCGACGUACCAGAUAAUGCACCGCAGCACUGCCCGGGUACAGAAAGUGAGCAGGCAGGAAAGACGUCGUCAUGUGAGGGCUGUCCCAACCAGAAAGUGUGUGCUUCUGGAGCCACCAAGGCCCCCGACCCCGCCAUAGCAGAGAUUGGAGCGAAGAUGUCGACAGUCAAACACAUUAUUCUCGUGCUGUCUGGAAAAGGAGGAGUGGGGAAGAGUACAUUCAGCGCUCACCUGGCUCACGCCCUGGCAAGUGACAACACAAAAGAGGUCGCCCUGCUGGAUGUAGAUAUCUGCGGUCCAUCCAUUCCUAGGAUCAUGGGCUUAGAGGGAGAACAGGUUCAUCAGAGUGGCUCAGGCUGGUCUCCUGUUUACGUGGAUGACAACCUGGCUGUCAUGUCUAUUGGCUUCCUGCUCAAUAGCCCCGAUGAUGCUGUGAUCUGGAGAGGACCCAAGAAGAACGGGAUGAUCAAGCAGUUCUUGAGGGAUGUUGACUGGGGGGAGCUGGAUUACCUCAUCGUGGACACGCCCCCCGGCACCUCUGACGAGCACCUGUCCAUCGUCCAGUACCUGAGCUCCACCCACAUCGAUGGAGCUGUGAUUAUCACCACACCGCAGGAGGUAUCGUUGCAGGAUGUGCGGAAGGAAAUCCGGUUCUGUCAGAAGGUCAAGCUGCCGAUCAUCGGAGUGGUGGAGAACAUGAGUGGCUUCGUCUGCCCUUCAUGCAAGAACACGUCGCAGAUUUUCCCUCCCACCAGCGGGGGUGCAGAGAAAAUGUGUGCGGAUCUGGAUCUACCGCUGUUGGGGAAAGUCCCUCUAGACCCGAGGAUAGCACGAAGCUGCGACGAGGGAAAGUCUUUCCUCAACGAAGUACCAGACUCUCCCGCUGCUAAAGUCUACCUGAAUAUCGUGCAGAGUAUUCAGGACUACUGCUCCAACCGUGUGACAGAGGAGCAGAGCACGACCUGAAGCCACUCUGAUGGAGGCGGCCAUAUUGGACCACAUCACAGAGACAGUGCCAUGAUGAGACUGUGGUAGAAAUGAUUAAAAACACACAAGAACAAACUAGUGCAUAAUACACCAAAGCUGAAAUGAUUAAAGGCCACUUCUGUGAGAUGCUCCAACCUUACAGUGCAGAUGGUUUAUUCUGCAGGCGCUGGCCAAUUCCAUUAUGAGGAUUAAUUGUUGUAUAAUAAUGAGUAGUUCUCAUUGUAAUACAUUUUAUAUAAAGAAGUGUUAUUAUAAUGGGUGCUGAUGUCUAAAUAAGCACUUGGGUUCAAAUGUUAAACAUUAAAAAGACCAAAAUCCACAAUGGGUUAUUCUGUCAGUCAAUACCGUCAGUAUAACACAGCAUCAUGUGACACAGAGCGAUAAGCCCAUUGAUUCAAACUGAAGAUGCACAGGUGUAUGUAUAACAAAUGGACACUGAAGUUUUUUGUAAAGCUUUCUGAAACGGGAGUACAUAUCGGCAUUUAAUAGGGACCAUUUAAGGAUCAAAACACCUUUGUUUGAGAUGGUGUUUGUACUCAGACAAAGCGAGUUCUCUUUCAGCGCAGCAGAGAGGAAGCUAUAUGAUGCUUUGUGUACACAGGCAAUCCUUUAUCAAUCAAUGUAUUGUUAUUUAACGUCCUUACCAAGAAGUUGCCGACAAAAACAACAUUUCAAAUGAUCACCAGACUUUGAAUUGCCUUUUAAAAGUAGCAUUCAUCCUAUGGUACUGAAUAUACAGUGAGUUUACAGUGUGCUCUAGUAAAAGAGGUGCUAUUUGGCGAAGUGAAAACGUUGGUCAUGUAGUAAAUCAAGCUGUAGCAUAAACAUUUAACCAAUUCCUUAAAGGAUAUUUUGUGCAUCUACCGGCCCUCACUGUUAUCGAGAACAAAGUCUUCUAAAUACAAAGCACAGUGUCAUCAGCAUAGUGUGUGAUUUCAUUGUUCCAUGCAUAGCUAGUGAAUAAAAAGUGUGGAUGUAUGAAUCCCGGAGAUCUACAUGGAUUGUUUAAGAUAUGUGUAUAUGAGGAUUGAAACGUAACUCUCUCACCAACGAGUCCGAGCCACAGACCAAAUCGUGCAUGAUCUGUACAAUUUGUACAUUCAUAUAUAAAAGUUGCAGGCAAAAUGUACAGUUUGAAAUGAUUCAUUUUCGUUAAUGACCAGUAAAUGGGGGAUUAGUCAGUCCUGAAUUACAGUAAAAAAUCAAAUGUAUUUUAGAUAAUAAAUAGUUUUGCAACUGUCUAGGACACGCAUUGUUUAAGGUAAUGUAUUUGCUUUAACUGAUUUAUAAAAUAAAUGAUUAAACAGAAA